AUAGCGCACUCCACCGAUUUUUGUUUUUUUUACGAGAAAAGCCCUAAACCCUUCCGUUUAUGUGCGACAAACGACGACGAAUUUCUUUUAAGAAAGCGUAAUUUGGUUACUUCAAUUCCUUCACGUCCCUGAAUUCGGCCAAGGCUUAACAGAAGAAGAAAAGGAAGAAGAUGAGUAGUGAAAGGAAGAAAAACCCAAAGCACUUUCAGCUUAACCCAAACUGGGCUCAACUCCAACAAAAGCUGAAGUCCUUUGCUAAGCCUUCAAGACACUCGAAAAAUCCACAAUCUGAAACCCCAAACUCUAUAUUAGGAAAGCGUAAGGAGAGGCCUAAUUCAGAGCCUGAUGAUGCUAAGCCUAAUCCUUUAAUGCCAACAAAUGAUGAUUCCAGUGUGACAGAUGUGCUAGCUAUGGAUUGUGAAAUGGUUGGUGUCGGUCAGGGGAACAAGAGUGCCCUUGGACGAGUUACAGUGGUAAAUAAAUGGAGAAAUGUCAUAUAUGAUGAGUUUGUGCGGCCAGUAGAACAUGUUGUUGACUUCCGCACACGUAUUAGUGGCAUUCGGCCCAGAGAUUUGAGGAAAGCAAAGGAUUUUAGGGUUGUUCAGAAGAAAGUGGCAGAGUUGAUCAAGGGAAGAAUUCUUGUCGGUCAUGCGUUGCACAAUGACCUUAAGGCCUUACUACUAAUGCAUCCUAAGAAGGACCUGAGGGACACCUCAGAGUAUCAACCGUUUUUAAAGGAAGGACGCAGAAAGGCACUUCGGCAUCUUGCAGCAGAGGUUCUAGGUGUUGAGAUCCAGAAUGGUGAACACUGCCCUGUAGACGAUGCUCGUGCUGCAAUGCUUCUUUACUCAAAAAACCGGAAGGAAUGGGAAAGAAGCGUUAAGGAUCAAUUAAGGCUCAAAGAAAAGCAGAAGAAACGCAAGCAGAGAAAGAAACCAAAGGCUGAUAUCAACCAUUCUCUGAUUGCAUCUUAAUGGCGACUUGUUGCAUAAUUGUCGAAUAUGAAGUUCCAAAAUCUUCAGCAGGAUCACCUUCAUGGAGAGUGAUUUACAGAAUCCUUACCAUAAAUCUGGACUGCAAGAAACAGAUGAUGCAGCAUCAAACGGUGAUCAGAGAACAAAAGGCUAACCUCUUCAUCUGUAGUUAAACUUAGUAUGAUGGAAAAAAAAAACUUGGUUAUGUAUCCCAUUCAUUAAAUUAUCACAAUCACUAGUUUUUACUUUUUACUUUCUGAAAAUGAAUUUAUAACUUUAUUCAUAAAUUUUGCAUUACAAUGUCUA